AGCCGCUUCGCGGGGCAGCCUGGGCCGGGGUCUGAGCCCCGGAGCUGCCGCCGAGCCGCGGGGCGGCGGAAACUGAGAUUGAAGAAUUGGGCAUACAGAUGGAUUUCCCUGACAAUCUCUUUCCCACGUUCUUUCUGCCUGGUCCCCCUGGCCUGAGUGAUUCCCCUGCCUCUUAUCUGGCCCCUGCUUGGAGUGACUACAUGCAGUUGCUGAAGCCCCCCCAGACCCAGGAUCCAUCGAUUAACCCCCAGCAUGAAGCAUCCUAUGUGACAAAGUGGGGAAGAUGGAAAUCUGACACUCCUGGACCCCUGCCCUUCCUGCUCCCUGGUGCUGAUCCUUGGGAUCCUGAACUAAUGUCCCAAGAUCUGCUCUUUCGGGGGAGAGUGAAGCAACCAGCUAGGGCCAAAGCCACAAUAGAUGUUAUAGAGCAGCUUAACCAUUUCUUGUGGGAUCAUGGAGACAUUGCCUUUGGGCCCUUAGGAAUGCUGCUGCAGGAGAAUUUUAACCUGGGAGAAAAAAAGAAAUCCCGCAAGAACAAAAUGGUGAUGAAUACAGAAUGGUUGCUCCGGGACCUCAAUGGAUACCAACCCAAGGGGUGCCCCUGGGCCCACCUGAGUACCCGUCAGCGAAGGUUCUCUCUGCUGGGGGGCACGGUGCUGGGAGAGGAAGUAGAAAAUCUGCUUGGGGGGCUGCUGCAUGAGGAGCUGGAGACACGCUGGAAGAGGCUGCUCCUGGAUGAAGCUUCUACAGGCGGGGCUCUUGGUUGGGUUCCAGGGGCCAAACCCCACCAUGGCCAGCUGGUCUACCCUACUGGCCGAGCCCACGACCAGCUGAACUUCCAGAAGGUAAAACUGUCUCCCACCAACGAGCCCCAGGCCCUUGGGGACCCAAGCCACAUCUUGCUCCGAGGACCAGUCCGGCAGGUGGUGACUCGCACAAUCCAGGGAGAAGGUGAGACCCAUAAAGCCGCCUGUUUUCCACUCCUUGGCUUUCCUGAUGUGGCUUCUGGUGCUCCUUGCCCCCAUCCCAGCCAUGAGAGUAUUGCCUGCUUUCGGCUGACCCUUAUCCUCUCCUCAGCUCUGGUGGCUGUCCGCUCUGACCAUCACUGUGCUUUAUGGAAGCUUGAACACCGAGGGCCUCCGGAGCCCCUGCAAGUGCUGGAGAUGGAAAAGGAAGCUACCGGGAUCAGCCUCAGCCCUCACCUCCCCGGAGAGCUGGCAGUCUGCACUCGCUCGGGAGCUGUGUGUCUGUGGAGCCCCCAGCAUGGGCUACAGCAAAUACACAAAGACCCCGAGACCUUCGUCUUCAAGGACCCCUCUUCGUGGCGCUGGGCAGACUUCACAGCUCACCCGCGGGUGCUGACUGUCGCCGACCGCACUGGCCUCAGAUUCGCGGACGCCCGGGCUCCCUCUGAUUGCGGUGAGCUCCUUUUCCGCGUGGGGGCUGAAGCCUCCUGUCAGCGAGGAGAGCGCGUCUUGUUGGCUCAGUACUUGGGGACACCCGAUCCUCUCCCCCUGAGUCCCACCCUUCAUCUCGUCUGUACCCAGUUCUCCCUCUACCUGCUGGAUGAGCGUUUACCUCUCGUGCCAUUGCUGAAGUGGAACCACGGGCUCCUGUCUCCCCCGCUGCUGGCUCAGCUCCUGCCCCCGCCCUACCCUGAAGCGCCCCUGCCCCUGCUGCUCGGAGGCCUCGGGGGCCACCUGCGGAUGCUGCAUCUUUCAGGGUCCGGUCGCACCCCCCAGCUGGCGGCACCGCCGCAGUCUCUGCCUUCGCUCAUUGACUCCCUCCCUGGCUUUCCAGUCCUGGAGCCCCACGGUCAGCAGCUGCUGCAGGAACGCCUCAGGGCUCCCCUUACAGGCUUGGCUGCUGUUGUACCGCCAGGUUGCCCCAGCCCCACCAUGCUGCUGUUCCAGCUCUCCGCUGCUGGAGAUGUUUUUUACCAGCGCCUCUGGCUGCAGCCAGACACCAGUUCAGAAAGUGCUGGCUCUCCUUCCACUGACCACGCUGAGGACUUAGGCCUCAAUUCCCACAGCCAGACCUCUGCUACCUCAUCCUUGGGCACAGUUUCUGAGCCCAGCGCUGUUUCCUGGAAGCCCCGGGCUGUUGCUUGUUGCCGCCGUUGGCUGAAAACCCUGUUACAGGUUCCCCCAACCCUCCCUUCUUGGACACCCCCUACUUUCUCCCAACACCAUCUCCGAUGGUUGAAGGAAGAAAACAAAGGGAAGGUCCAAGAGGGCCUGCGGGCCGCCAUGGCCGAAGGUCGGCUCCUGCUUCAAGGGGACCUGGCCCCACUCCCUCCCUCUGAUCCACCCCCUGCACACGAGCCCUUUGGUACGGAAGACAAGUUGAGUGAACGUUUGGAAGCGUCCUGGGAAAGGAAGGGAGCCAUUUGGUGGGAUGGCCAACGAGAUGGCAGCCGGCUGCCUAGAAAGCGGCAGUCGAGGGAGAAGAGGCGGACUCAGCUCUCUAGUUCUUUCUCUUCCGUCAGAUCUACUUCUGACUUCUCUGACGUCAACAGUCCCCUUCCUCAUCCUCCAAAGACUCCCAGCCCUCUCCACAGGAUGUCUGAAACUUCUCAGUCUCUGGAGCUGUCUCAGGAGCUCUGGGUCAAAAAUAUACCCCGAGAACGGCGGCAGACACUUCGAGACUACCUUGCAGUCCUCCCUUCUCCAGACUCAGGAAACUGCUCUAUCCCCCAAUUCCAGAAUCCUAGCAGCCAGAGCCUCUCCACUUCUGAGCCAGGGAAAUGUUCAGUACCAUGCUCCCAGAAUCCAAGGACACAGACCCUCUUUUCUCCUCUCCCAGAGAGCUACUCUGCCUUCUACUCUCAAAAUCCAAACAGUCAGAGCCUCUACUCUCAAAAUCCAAACAGUCAGAGCCUCUACUCCCCUGAACCAGCGUUCAACUCUGUGUUCCACUCCCAGAAUUCAAGCAUCCAGAAACUGCCCUCCCGACACACUCCUUCCCUUGCAGGCUCACAGCCCCUCAGGAAGAAGCCCCGCAUGGGCUUCUAAGGACUUUUUUGUGGAUCUUAGGAUCCUCAGAAAUCCCUGAAUCUCAUAGGAUUGUAAUUUGGGACUAGAAGGGAUCUAGUCCAACCUCAUUUUACAGAUGAGGAAACUGGGGCCCAAAAGAAUUUACACAGGUGUCAAAGAUCAUUACCCUAUUCUACCUCAAUUAUCAAAGUUCGUUCUAUGAGCUUUUGGGGGGAAUUUUCAGAAAAAGUUCAAAUCUAGUCUGUUUAAUGGAAAAUCACCAGAAGGGACCCUACCCUUUCUAUGCCCUGGUGCUGACAUUUUCUACUAAUUACUGAAACUAUUUUACAAUGGCCAGCACCAAAUGGGAACUCUCUCCCUGGGGGAGACGGACCAUUAUAUUGAGCAUCCUGGUGCCCAUGAACCAGUGUGUGAAGUACUUAAAAAGGGUGACCCUUAGCCUCGAGCAGAGUCUCAAUUUCAUCAGGGAAAAUAUUUGAAAUAGAGACUUUGAAGACUUGAGUGUGAACGAGCCAUCUUUUGCCUGCUGUCUCAGGUUUCUGCAUUGGUAGCAACUUAACUUUCUAACUCAGCCUUUAAAAUUGUUAGCUAACGCGCUUUUUCAAAAUAAUCUAUGACCUUCAGACUAAUGGACUCCAACUCCCCAUAGUACAAUUUUCAGAUUUGGGCAGCUAACCAGUCCAUCAAUCUCUUGAUGUUUAAUCUGCCCAUAUGUACUCAUCGGACCUCACCAUAAACUAACAGGGAAGAGGUGAGGUAUAUGCAAGGAGCUAUAUAGAAUUUAAAGAAAUCACUUUGUCAUGUGGAAUAAUUUUGUAGGGAAGUCGGUGAAGAGCCAAAAGAUAAAACACAAUUUUCUGGAACCCUUAAAUCCAGAGGCCUUAUACCUAUUUAUAUUUUUCAGUGUCUUCCAAUAAAGAGUACCAAAUACUUGCUGAUUAA